AUGGCUAUUGAACUUCAGAAGGAACUCAUCUCCUUCUUUCCCAAAUGUGCGUCACGAACGAUGCUUCUCCCUCCUUCAUCCCCGAUCAGACAAACCGCCGCCACUUGCUCCCUUCCGGCCGCCAUAUCCUUUCAUUCCGCUUUCCAAUCAUCAUCACAACAAAACAUCCAUCGACCUCCUUCUGUUUUCCGUCUUAAUUCACUCAUAUUCUUCGAUUUUGUUCUCGAUUCCGUCUCACUUUUUCACCAGCUUCUCUAUCUGAUCCAUGCUUCUUCGUUUGAAUCAACCUGCUCGCACUCUUUACUCGCAUUCGGUUCUGUUCAUCAUCUCCUCAACGCUUCAGUCACAGAUUUGUCAUCUUCAUCUGCUUUAUCACUUCCACUCCGCCGUGUUUCCGUUAACCGUCGAUUCAACCUCAUCGCUCAUUCUCGCCUUCGCUUUGCUUCCGUAUCAACCUACACAAUCCAAUUCUCUAUCGCACUCACCUCCGAUUUUGACGUUUGGAUCACCGGAUUCACAAGUACGAAUGUCAGAAGAAAAUAA